CGUAUUGACGCAUUAUUGGCUCCACCCACAAUGCAACGCAGACAAGGGGAACCUCCAAGACAACAGGAGCAAGAGCUCUACUAAAUUAAAGUGACAUUACCCAGAGGAUUAUUUCACUCUUGAGGACACCGAUUCAGCGGCCAGUUUAGACUCGAAGACGAAAUUCGACAGCGAUUCUGAGAGCACACAUUACAAUCGGCUAUACUUUCAAGCCAUUGUUCUCGUCGGGGAAAAAGCGACUCCCUCAGGCCGCCGCUGGUACUACAGCUGCCGGUGAGUUAUUAGUUAGACACCGGGAGUCUGAAUAAUUUAACGGUGGAAAAUGAGCUCGGAGGAAGGGGCAGCUCCAACUAAAACCGGCACAGAUGACGAUGGCAUGUCCUGGUGGUACCGCUGGAUCUGCAAACUGGCCGGUGUCUUGGGUGGCAUAUCAUGUGCAUCAAUGGGCAUCUGGAACUGCGUGACGGUGAAUCCAUUAAACAUCGCGGCUGGAGUUUGGAUGGUGUUGACGGCGUGUGUGUUGUUCCUGUGUGAGGUGCCCUUCUGCUGUCAGUUCGUUGAGUUUGCAAAUGCCAUUGCGGCGCGUGCGGACCGUCUGAAGCCCUGGCAGAAAGCACUGUUUUACUGCGGGAUGGCGUUGUUUCCCGUCUUUCUGAGUUUUUCCAUCACAACUCUGUUUGGGAACGCCAUUGCAUUUUCUACAGGAGUGCUGUAUGGACUCGCAUCACUGGGAAAGAAAGGUGACGCGGUGAGCUACGCCCGAUUGCAGCAUCAAAAACAGGGCGACGAAGAGAAACCGACAGAUGCUUCAGUGCCGUGAAGCUCCUCUCUUCACCUCCUCUACCUCCGUUACGUUCUUUCCCUCUCUUUCCCUUCACGUAACUAGACGCUUUACCUGUCACAGUUUGUUGGGAUGUAUUUAAGCUAACCUUUGACCUCUGACAGCGUGAGUCAGUCAGCACAAAGCAGUUCUCUGGUUGUUAGUGUGGGAUUUAUUUAAUAAAAUAGGUUUUAAGUGAA